AUCCAUUAUUUGCAAAAUGAUGUAUGUACAAAGCAGGGUUAGGAAAAGACUGGAAAUAAUCAAAAUGCUAAGGAAAUCUAUGUCAGUAAAUUCAUGUAAUUACAAACACUGUGUGACAAUUUUUUUUGUCUUUUUGCCUUUUCUACGGCCCAUAUUUAUAGAACUAAUUCUUUUUAAUAUAUAAUACUCUAUUGUGUAAAUGAAUCAAAAUUUAUUCAACCAUGUCCCUUUUGAUGAAAAUUCAGGUGUUUUCUUGAUUUUGGUUUUUGUUUGGUUUGUUUUUUAACAUGAGAAUAAUUUUUCUUAGCUAAAAUUAGAAGAUAUAAACAUAAAAGAUAAAAAAAAUGGAAAAAAUUACAACUUCAGCCUAAGGGAAACUUAACGUAAACGAUAAAGGAAACAUAGAUAACUCAAAAGAUAAAUGUAUUUAACUACACACGAAUGUAAAUUUUCCUUAUUGAAAAAACAUAAAAGAGACAAACAACAAAUUGGAAGAAAAUAUUUGUUAAAAAAAAAUAGCAAUAGGUUAAAUAUCUCUAAUAUAGAGAAAGUUCCUAGAAGUUACUUUUUUAAACAUGCAAAGAAAGUGAACAGGCAGUUCACAGAAGAGGAAAUACCAGUGACUGAUCAAUAAAUUAUGAAGUCAUCCUCCCCCUCAUGAGUUAUAGUUUUGUAAAGCAAAAUGACAGAUCUUAUUUUACAUCCAUCAGACUGGCAAAAAUGUAAAAGACAGAUAAUACCCAGUAUGGGCAACUCCAUGAAGAAAAUGUACAUUAAGCAUUCUUGCUAAACAUCUGAAUCACAACAUACAGGAUGCUGAUGGCACCUGGCAAAGACUGCUUUGCCCUGGCUACUCUGCUGGCAAUUGUGGACAUCCAGCUUGCUGGUGAGGACAGCCCAUUCCAAGAUCCCCAGCACAGAGACAGCCAUCAGGGAGAAUCCUGGACUCAUGAGGGAUGGAUCCCUUUUUGUUUGUUUUCGUGCAUGGACAAGUCUUGCGACUGUUCCCAUGAGACCAGCUUGGAGUAACUGACAUUUAAAUAGGAUCCUGGAAGAGAUGGUAUCAAUGAAUCAUCAUCUCAGUUGGUGUUCACCAUAAAUCAAGACACACCAUUAGACAGUGGGACCUACCAGUGUUGUGCCAGAAGCCAAGCUGGAUAUCCACCUUCGGGGCCAUUUUUUUCUGUUUUAGUCACAAAGACAGAGAACUACACAGUAACAGGAUUAAAACAAACGCCCUGAGUUUGGCACAGUAAAGAUGCUCUCAGUUCAGGCUUCCUCAAGGCCUGGAUGAUGCUGGUCACCAGCCUGAUGGCCCUUCAAGGUAUGUUCAGAAGAAUCUUAAGCACCCCCCAAAAUGAGGGUGCUAUAUAUACCUUGACAUCUUGGUUAUUCUCCAGAGAGUGGAAAGGAAGCCUAGAGUGGGGCAGGGAAAUGCUCCUCAGGCCCCGGCUGCCCACAGGAAAACAUCACACCAGUAUGAAGGCAAAACUGGUCCAAAGGGACUCAAGACUUCACACUAACUAG